AUGCGGUCCGUCACUACUCGCCUAUCAUCAGCCAUCAGGAGCAGUCUAUGUUCCGCAGGCGUGGCCACAAGGCGAGGCCAGGCCACUCUAGCGACUGAGAAGCCUCAAGCUACCGCGCAAAGUACCACCCUGGGAUGGAUGAAGAGCAAGCCCUUUGAGCAUGCGCCGUGGAAGAAGCCCAACGGGACGAGAGGAACUAUCCGUUUCCUCGGCGCAACCAAGGAUGGCAAGCCCGCCUUUCUCAAUUUCAAAAAGGGCGAGGAGCAUGAGACCAAUUUCGGGCCCAGCCUCGAGAAGGUGGUUGACAUCACCGAUUUGCGUGACUUUGAGCCACGGACUACUCUUGGUAUUGAAGGCGUCGAGUGGGUUCACGCCCCGACGGCACUGUCCGAAGACAAACUACUCGCUCCCGAUAAGAACGACGUCGAGGCAUUCGUUCGUGGGCCAUACUUUGAUGAGUGUGCGCAGCUGGUAAAGGAGAGGACCGGAGCAGUCGAGGCAGUUCCGUACAACUUUCGCCAUCGCCGAAUCGAACUGACAACCAACCUCCAUGACCCAUACAAUUUCUCGAGCAAGCCGCUUCCCAACUUCCACAUGGACAACGACGCCGAAACUGCCAAGGUUAACCUGCGCCGCGUUCUAGGCGAGGAACAGGCCGCCCGCUGGCUCGGCAAGCGUUGGGGAAUCGUCAAUGUGUGGCGCCCAGUCGGCGACGUAGUGAGGCAGUGGCCGCUUGCGCUCGUCGACUCACGCACCGUGGUAUAUGGCCGUGACACGGAGCCCAUCUACACACUGAACAACUACAAGACGCACUUCACGGCCCUCCGGCCGCAAUCCCAUUUCACCUUCUACUACGUGAGCAACUUGGCUCCCGAUGAGGCUCUCUUGUUUGUUGACUACGACUCGGCACACGAGGGCAAGGACACCGUCGUGGGAAUGGCACAUGGUGCUUUUCAAGACCAUAACGCCCCUGAAAAGAUCCCCAGGCGCCGGUCCAUCGAGGUGCGGUGCUUGGUGUUGUACAAUGAUUAG